CAUAAAGUGAACAUACAUAUAAAUAUACAAAUAUAUAAACAUAAAGUUAACGUAUCUUUCAAAAAAGUUGCCCAGUGAAGACUUAAGUGCACUGUGAAUCAAUUCGAGUAACUUCUCCUUCUCUAAGAGUGUGUGUGUGUGUGUGUGUGCGAGUGCACAAAAAUCAAUUGCAUUUUAUUUUGGAUAUAAAUUGAAGGAGUCGCCACCGCAGAAUGCAACGCAACAAUCGAUGCUUGGCCCUAGUCCUGCUGGCCAUGGGCCUGUGCGCCUGCGCACAUGCCGCCGCCACGGGUGCACCCUCAGCCACGGCCACCACGGAGAAGCCGAAAGGAUUUUCCGCGCGCUCCCUGGAUGUGAGUGCUAGCGGCGAUGAUGAGGAUGAGUUUGAGACGCAGGCACAAACACAUUUGGCCUAUCGCCAGCCGCAGCAGCAACAGCAGCGACAGCUGUACGAGUACAGUGAGGAGGAUCAGGAGGAGGCGCCGCGCCAGGUUUACAUCAAUCGCAACAAUGCCAAACAGCAGAACAAUUAUCUCAAGAAGCGGCCGGUGAGCGAGGAGAGCGAGGAGGAGGAGGAAGAAGUUGAGGAGCCCGAUCGUCUGUCCACGCUGCUUAGCAAGUCCUCCUUCAGCUGCACGGAUCGCAACUCUGGCUACUAUGCGGAUGAGUCGCUGAGCUGCGAGGUCUUCCACUACUGCCAGGAGAGUCAGAAGCAUUCGUGGAUAUGCCCCGAGGGCUUCACGUUCCAUCAAAUCCAUUUGAUUUGCAUGCCCCCAUCGCACGACAACAUCUGCAAGCAGUCCUCCAAGUACCACAUUGUCAACGACUAUCUCUACAAGCCAAUCAAUCUGCAGGAGCAUCAAAGCAAACCGAAUGUAACGCUGCGCUACUCGGAGCGCUAUUUCCCAGAGAACUACUACGAGCACGAGCGCUACGACGACGAGGAGGAGGAGGAGGUGCAGCCAGCGCCCAGGCCACGCAUUCAGCAUCAGCAGCAGCACCAGCAGCAGCCACAGCAGCAUCGUCAAGCGCUUGCCUAUCAACCGCAGCAACACCAAGUGCGCGUCCAAUACCAACAACAGCCGCAACAGCAGCAGCAGGUCGUCACACAGAUACGUCACCAGCAGCCGCAGCCCACGACAAUCGCCUAUCGGAAGCCAUUGCCCACGACAACCAUACAGCCACAGAUACAACCACAGCUGCAGUUGCAUCAGCUGCAUCAGCAUCAUCAGCAGCAGCAGCAACAGCAGAGGCCGCAGACGCUGGCGCCCACAGUAACACCGGCGCCACAGUACCGCUUCUUUACGGCCGCGCCGCUACAGCAUUUGCAUCAGCAGCAGCAGGUCUACCGUACGCCCGAAGAGAUAAAUAUAUCGCUGCAGCAGCGCCGGCCACAGGUGUUCAUUGCCUCAACAACGCCGCGCUACUAUGAGGAUGAGUACCUGUACGAGCGAAGGAAGUGAGCAUCAUGAGUUGGCCGUCUCGUCUGACCAGCUGGUCGCACUCAAUGCAAACAGUCUUGUCGUUCCACGCCUUGUGUUUUGGAGUGUUUCUCUUUAGCUUUAAGCUCUGUCAGCGCCCUCUGUCACUAGACACACACACAUGUAUAUGCUAUAACAACUAAAUAGUCCCAAAAUUUAGCGCGAGUUUUAUGUACCUUAUUUGUAAUAUUUAAUGUCCUGCUAGAAGAAUCCGCCUUCUAACUCAUUUCGUUAAUAAAGAAGCAACAUUAAGUUUAA